AAAGAACUCUUCAAUAUUGAGAGGCCUUCUUCUUGAAACUUAUCUCAUCUUUGUGUGAAAAGAGAAUUUUCAGAUAAAGUUUAAGUAAUGGGUACGUUUGCCCUAUCCAUGGAAGCCACGUUCAUCACCAACCUAGCAUAUUUUGGUAUCUAUUUAAAACCAAGAAUGAGUGUUUUCGUCCUAUACCUUAAAAUUUUGUCCUUUAAAUAUGAUAAUAUCUUCUUUUUUCUUUAUACAUUUUUCUUCUAUAUUUUAUAUAUUAUAGAAUUUGAGAGGAGAUUUGAUAUUGUUAUUUAAGAAAAAUAGACAAGUAGUAUGAUAAUGUUUUGUCAAAUAGUGUUGAGAUCGUGAUCUCUGACUAAAUGGGUCAUUAUGCCUGCUAUCAUUUUCUUUCUUUCUUUUUUUUGUUUUUUUUCUCUUCCUCUUCUUUUCAGGUGGGAUUGAAUUUAAAGGAGAAGCUACUUCUAGAGGAAGGUUUUGGACCUUGUACGGUAUGGACUAUGGAGUAUGGAUCCGAAUUUAGAUUAUAAGAAAGAAAGCAUCACACUCUUGUUUGAGACAGUUGAAUGACAACCUUCCACACGGGUAUCAUGGGAUUUUGAUUUGACUUCUCAUUACUUCUCCUCUUCUUAUCCUUUUACCACUUUUGGUUCCUCUUUUUUUUUUAUAUAAAUAAAUAUUCAGCAGAAGAAGAAGAGAAAAAAAAAAGAGGAACUUUUUUCUUUUGGUCAUUUUCUUUGGUUGAUUUCUGGUUUUGAUCAACCUUGUAAUUGUUUAAGCUAUUUGUUAGCUGAGAAAAUAAGAUAUGGGAAUUAGAGUUGUUUCACCGAUGAGUGGCCAAAGCUUACAGUUUAGAGUACCUCUUUCUCGGUGUUCUUCUUCUUCUUCUUUCAAACUCCCUGCAAUUUCUUUUCCAACUAAACCUCUUGAAAAAAGUCCAGCUUUGGCAUAUGGAGUAUUACUUCGUUCUUGGAACUCUUUUGGUUUGAGGCAUUCCAAAGUUUUCAGUGCUAGUUUUGGUGAUUUCUCAGAAGAAGAGUUUUCGAAUCAGAUUGAAGAAUUGGCUCAAAAACUCAAUCUUCCUGAUGAAUCAGAUUAUGAUGAGGAAAAGAAAGAUGAAAGCACCAAAAUAUCUCUGAAUUUGAAGUACCCAGAUGGAGAAAAUUCCAAAAGUAGUUGUUUCCCAGUUCCAUUUUCGAGUUUCAAGUUCGAUUCUUCACAGCCUUCACUGUUUGGUAUUGAGCCAGAACCACCUAACUGGCCAGAAAGAACCGAAAUUGUGAGAGCUAGCAUUGAACGAAAGGCCAACAGCAUUGAACUUCCUUUGUCUCUUCGGAUAAUAAGGAAACAGAGAAAAUGGGAAGAGAGCUAUAGCGAAGCUAAAGAGACCACCAACUGCUCUGUGAAUAAGGCUUUCUCUUGCAUGGUUUUUAUGAUAAGAGAGCUUCAGACCUGUGCUUUGAGUUUAAGGGAAAGCCUUUAUUAUGAAGAUUUGCAAGAGAUUAUAACCAAGAUGCAGAGAGAAAUGAAUGUCUCGUUUGUUUGGCUCUUUCAGCAGGUCUUUUCUCGGACGCCUUCUCUAAUGGUGUAUUUGAUGAUCCUUUUAGCAAACUUCACUGUACAAUCUAUGUAUGAUAACACUUAUUGUGGGCCAACUCUAUCAUCGAGGAUCACUGAAACUUUGUCUAUAACAGAGGAAAAGAAUCAUGAGCUCUCCAAGUUUGGUGAUGUUUUUGUUGUCAAAGCUACGCCUUUGCCGUCUUAUAAUGGGGUUGUGAAAAAGUCUCUAAAUGGAGCCAAUAAUGGCAGUGAUGAUGGGGACGAAGCAAACCCCUUUGGGAUUGGAAUAAAGGGUGGGGCAAGUCAAUUGGAAAGACCAUCUGUUUCAAUCCAGUUCCCCCAUUUUGUACCUGACAAGAGAAAUGGGGUUACGUUUUUGGGGAUAGAGGAGUUGAAUACAGAGGAGGAAAUUAAUUUGUGGGACUCAGUUGUUGAUGAAGCUUUAAAAAUGCAAGCAGAAUCUUGGGGUAAGGCCCUUGAUCAAGAAACAGUGCAACAAUUCGUGUCUCCAUUUACUGUGAAGCUUGAACCAGAUGAUUAUGAACAUUACUUCAGAACAGAUCUUUCAUACCAGAUAGGUCUAGCUCGUGAGCACAACAAUCCUCUUCUACUGUCUAAUUAUGCACAAUUUCUCUAUCUCGUUUACCACGACAAUAAUAGAGCUGAGGAGUGCUUCCGGCGGGCUGUGGAGGCGGAGCCACCAGACGCAGAGGCUUUGAGCCGAUAUGCAGACUUCUUGUGGAUUGUAAGGAAAGAUCUUUGGGGAGCAGAAGAGCGGUAUCAACAGGCUAUGGCUGUGGAGUCAGAUAACCCUUACCAUGCCUCAAAGUAUGCCAAUUUCCUAUGGAGCACUGGUGGUGAUGAGACUUGCUUUCCUCUGGAUUCUUCCCAUGAAAACUACAACAAAGUUUUGUAAUUUAGUUAGCUGCUUCUGCAGUUUUUUGUUUACGUAUAAUCUCUCAAAGGUGGUCACUUGGGAAAAGAAAUUUUCCUGGUCAUGUUUUGAUCCAGCUGUGUAUUCCCAAGUGUGGUUGAGCAAAUUUAAUUAGUGCAAUACGAGAGUCAAAAAAAAAAAAACUGCUUCAGAAUUUAUGAUCAGCUUAACAAUAAAUUUAAUAUAGACAAACGAAUAACGGCUACUAAAAUUGCCGCUGCUUCUCUUGUGUCCUGAGAAGUUAAUAUUGCUUUGAGUCGAAUAUAGUAGUAUUAGGAUCGCACUUCUUCACUUUCACUUGUUGAUUUUGCUUGCUUGACUUGUUUGAUCUUCAAAAAUGUACAUGUGUUGUAUAAGUAAUUUCUUACGGUGCCUUUGGAAGCCAUCUUAUAAUUGGUAAAUUUGGAAUUUGGUGUAC